UUUGGUGUGUUAGCUCAUCUCCUGAUAUUCUUCUUCUCUUGGCUUAGACAUACUUUGUUUCUUCAUCCCACUUUCACUAUCCUUACUUCUCUAUCCUUUCAUUCUCUUCAAUGGAUUUACCGGUGAAGUCGCCGGUUUUCGGUGACCAGAAAUUCUCAUAUAGACUAGAAACCAAUAAUUUAUCCUAUAAGUUAUGCAGCAAAUUUGAUGAGCUAAAAUGGGUUUUUCUUGGUAAAACUCAAAAUAAACCUACUAAAUUUAUUCUCAAGGAAGUAACCUGUGAAGCUAAGCCCGGAGAAAUUACCGCCAUUGCGGGUCCAAGUGGUGCAGGCAAAACUACAUUACUAGAAAUUCUUGCAGGAAAGAUUUCUACUAAUGAAGUCUGUAAUCAUGUUUUUGUAAAUGACAGGCCAAUGAAUGCAAAACAAUUUCGAAGGCUAUCAGGCUAUGUUACUCAAGAUGAUGCGUUGUUUCCAUUACUUACAGUGCAAGAAACACUAAUGUACAGUGCACUUUUAAGACUGAAAGGAGGAGCAAAAGAGGCUACUAAUAGAGUCAAGAGAUUGAUGAAAGAACUUGGACUAGAGCAAGUUGCAAAUUCAAGAAUUGGUGAUGGAUCAAAUAAUAAAGGGGGCAUUUCAGGCGGCGAAAGGCGCAGGGUUUCGAUCGGAGUUGAUUUAGUACAUGACCCUUCUGUUGUUUUAAUCGAUGAACCUACUUCAGGUUUGGAUUCAGCUUCAGCUCUACAUGUAACGACGUUGCUUAAAUCAAUGGCAGUAAAUCAAGGUAAGACUAUUGUUCUAACGAUUCAUCAACCUGGAUUUCGAAUCCUCCAAUUGUUAGAUCAUAUUGUUUUGCUUUCCAAUGGAUUUGUUAUGCAUAAUGGUUCAUUACAAUUCCUUGAACAAAGACUUAAAUUGUUUGGUCAUCAUAUUCCUCACCAUGUCAAUGUGCUCGAAUUCGCUAUUGACGUUAUAGAAACAUUGGAGAUACAAAAUCCUGUUUCGAUAAACAUUACUCGACGGAUUACUCAAGAAAGAAGCAAUAACCAAGAACUAGAAUUCCAUGGGAGGACAACGAAGAUACUAAAUUCGCCAUUUGAGGAGGUUAUGAUACUGGGAAAAAGAUUCUGCAGCAAUAUUUUUAGAACCAAACAAUUGUUUGCUACAAGAAUAAUACAAGCAUUAGUAGCUGGAUUUUUACUUGGAACCAUAUUCUUUAAUGUAGGGAAUCAGAAAGGAAAAACUGCUUUACAAACUAGAAUUGGGUUUUUCGCUUUUAGUCUUACUUUCUUGCUAUCUUCAACAACAGAAGGAUUGCCAAUUUUCUUGCAAGAAAGAAGAAUAUUAAUGAGAGAGACUUCAAGAAGUGCCUAUAGAACUUCUUCUUAUGUUAUAUCAAACACUCUCAUAUUUCUUCCUUUUCUUUUACUAGUUGGCCUUCUUUACUCUACUCCAGUUUACUGGCUAGUGGGAUUGAGAAGAGAAAUUGAUGGGUUCUUCUACUUCUGUUUAGUGGUUUGGAUGGUGCUUUUGAUGUCAAAUUCUUUCGUAGCUUGUUUUAGUGCAUUAGUGCCAAAUUUCAUUAUGGGUACUUCAGUAAUUUCAGGGCUAAUGGGAUCUUUCUUUUUAUUUUCUGGGUAUUUUAUAUCAAAGAAUAAGAUUCCCAAUUACUGGAUUUUUAUGCAUUAUUUGAGUUUAUUUAAGUACCCAUUUGAGUCUUUCUUGAUCAAUGAAUAUGGAGGAGAAGAAGGUAGAAGAAGGUGCAUAGAAGUUGAUGAUAGAGGAGGAAUGUGCAGUUUGUAUGGAAGUGAGUUUUUGAAGCAGCAAGGUUUAAAAGAAUCACAAAAAUGGAGUAAUUUAGGAGUAAUGUUUAGUUUUAUUAUUGGGUAUAGAGUGCUUUGUUAUGUCAUUUUGUUGUAUAGAUGUUAUAGAAAUAGAUGAAAUAUUUUUCCUGAUUGUAGAAUUUUCUUUUUUUAUCUUUGUGAUUUUACUCACUUUCUACAGGAAGAUGAAGCCAAUCCAUAAUAAAAUUUGUCAAUUUAUUUAUUAUAAUAAAAGAAAUUCCUGCUAUCUA